AGUAGUUAUCCGUGUACCUCUGCCGAUGUUUGUUGUGAUGGAAAAUAAACGCUCAAAUUCAGCUCCUAUUAUUCAGCUUUUAGUCCAGAAUAACAUCUCCGUCCACUGUUUGCUUUAUAAUGGAAGAGUCUGUGUUUGAAUGAUGAUGUUUAGGAGUCAGUAAGAAGGAGUUUAGUGUUUAUAAUCAUUCUGUUUCUGAUCGUUAGCACCAACGGUUAGCCAACAGGUCGGAGCUGUAAGCUAGCUAAACGGUUUAACGCGUUUCUUACCCGGUUCAACUUUUAAGGAACCUUCUGCAGUGGUCUGUGGGUCAGAGAUCUGUUCAUUAUGGAUAUCAGCAUCGCCGUGUCACUGAUUCGAGGUCAGAUGGGCACCGUGGUGGAGCAGGCGGUGAACGGAGCGGUGGAGACGGUGCUGGCUGAGAUGCUCAAAGUGGUCGGAGUUAAAUUUGAGGAACUAAAAGGCCAAGUGGCUCACAUGAAGAGGGACAUCACGGUGCUGCAGAGGGAGAAGGCCCUCAAAGAGAAAGAGAACGACAACAUUAAAGCCAAGCUGCGCUACACGGAGCUGAAGCUGAAGUACUACCGCCAGGGAGUGGAGGAGGAGCUUCAGCAGAGAGCCACGUCGUCCAAUCUGGUCCGUAUCCAUCCGUCGUCGUAUCUUCCUUCACAGAGAGGCGGUGCGGGCGUUUCCUCCUCGGAGACCUCUCCAUCAUGCUCGACUCAGACCAGGACCAACGACGGCCCACUGAGCAGAAACAAUCAAGAAUUCCCGUCUCCACACACCAAGAGGAGGCGUUCAGCCAAAGCUCGCUGUCACUCAGAAGUUUCCCCCUCAGACCCGAUUGAGCUGCAGCUGGCGGCCUUGCUCCCCAUGAACACACCUGCAGAGUCUGUGGACAGCAGCACAGUUUUGUUCUCUCCCACCGAGCAAGACACGCCUCGGAGCCAGGAUGACGAUCAGGAGGAUUGUGAGUGGAGCAUCACCGUGGAGCCGUUCACAGAAGCUGCGGACGAUGUCGUGGACCCUCCUCAUGUCCAGACUCUAAAUCUGGACUCUGAGCAGCAGCAGUCAGGAGGAGCUGGCUCUCUGUCCCCGGAUGGAUCCACCCACGCAUAGCUCCACUCUGCCCUCUGCUGCCCCACAGGUGAAGCAGGAGCCCCAGCAGCAGCAGCAGCAGCAGCAGCAGCAGCAGCAGGAGGUGAUCUGCAUUAAAGAGGAGCCAGAGGAGGAACAGGAAGUGACAGCUGCCCUGCUGCUGGACAGCCAGGAGCAGCAGAGUCAUCCUCCAGAGUCCGAG